AUGCAAUGUGUACAUAUUAAGAAAAAUCAACACAUGCUAGAGUUUCUUCUGAAAAUUGUGCUGUUGAAAGUACGAUUGGAAGCAUCACAACCAGUUCUUAAUACUUCAUUUCGUAUAUUAACCGAACAUCGGCAAUUGGCAGUAACAGUAGCAAGUCAUCGGUUGGCAACAGAAGAACCCUACAAGUUCACACAAAGUGCAAUGUGGCAUCAACAAACAUUGAGAUCAACACACAACUCUUUGCAUCGUUUGACCCAGAUAAGUGGAAGAACAUUACAGCUAGCAGUAGCUCCACUAAUUGCCUUGUAUUUGGUGGCCAGCUUAGCACAGGUGGGAGCCAUUGUGUUCUUUCCACGUGGUGCUUCAUAUGGGAUGAUAUCCGCGAUUGCCAUUCCACUUCAUUUACCACAUCGAAAUGUUUACAUGGCUUUUAAUUUCGAGGCCAAUUAUGGUUUGCCACCAAAUGAUUCCUACAAUGAGUGGAUUGACAGAUGGAAUUUAGAUCAAGAAUAUUUGGGCAUUGGCAACAAUGUUACAGUUAUUAAUAAUCGCCGCAAUUUGGACAAGAGAUCACUUCCAUCAACUGCUUCUUUAUUGCCCCGCUAUGACCGCCGUUCUUUUUAUCGUACAUUUACGGAUUACUUGAACCACUAUCAAAUGAACGGUACCGCUUGCCUUUUGAGAACAAUAUGUGAAGUGGCUGCUUCCACCGUGGAGGAGAACAAUGGAGUUUUGGGCAGCUUUUUGAAAAUUUUAUUCAUGCCAACAACAUCACGGCCAGAAAGGCCACUGCACAAUGCCAUAAACGAUGAGAACCUCUAUCGGGCCGAAAGGCAAGGCAGACAAUACUUGGCCAAUAUGGACAAUGAUGAAGAUAAUGGUGGCGGUGGUGAUGCCGAUGAAGGCAAUGCGUGUUUGGAUUAUUCACAUUGGUGUCCUGAAGGAGUUAUAAACAUGAUAUCCGACCUCUUGCAACAUGAAAUGCUUAUGGAUAUGGCUUAUGUUUUCAACUUUCAAUGUCUGUAA